AUGAAUUGGCUCGUUCUAUUCAAGAUUCGAAAGCCACGCGCGAUUCUUCUUCUUCAAAGCAAAUCGAUGCGCCGGCGCAUUAGUCGUUAUUUGCUUUCACCAUUGAGCGCAUUGAUCAGCAAGUCAUCUCACCCUCCGCCUUCCGAGAUCGAACCUCUACUUUCUGAAAGUGGGAACCCAUUAGUUGAUGAACAUGGUCAUGCAACGCACUCUACGAACAUUAGUUUGCCGAAUCAUAUGAACGAGCAUUCAGCAAACAAUUGUGACGAUGCCACCUUGAUCCUGCUCGCACGGAAGGAACGUGAGCUCCAGAAAAAAUCACGCGAUCGUCGUCGAAUGCAGGAGCUUGUGGUGGUAGUUGCCCUUCUACCGUUUGGAUUAUUCCUUGUUGGAGCUGCGUUGGUCGAAUUGCUCGAGGGCAGUUACUAA